AUGAUUUUAUCUCAGGAUCGUGUGGCUAUUGUCUGUUGUUCCUCAGGUCUGACUACAAGCAAUCAAAAAACCUGUAAAUCCUAUUCAUCCUGCUGCUCCAUUCUAAGCGACACACACACUAUUCCAUCGGUGUUAUCGCAAAACAGAGGAUUCAUCAGGCAGAACUGGGAUUCUGGGCUACCUUCCCCACUUCCUUCUGAUUCCUUCAAGUAUCUCGGCUGGGGUGACAUAGACGACCAUGAUGUUCGAGGAAAUCAGCUUCAUUGUCCCCGAGUGAGAGAAGGGCCCUCAGAAGAAGAGCUAUUUUUCAGAGGAGAAGAACAUACUUUGAAAAGAAGAAAACAAGUAACUGACGCAGAGAAGUGGCAAAAGAAACUGCAAGAGAACUGGGAAAACUGUGCUGAGCUGAACCUUUCAUUUCAGGAUCUGGGUGAUCUUUACCAGGUGGAAAACUUCAAAAGGAUUCUCCAAAGAUUAAUUCGGGUGGAAAAACUUUGGUUGGUGGACAAUUCUUUGACAGACCUAAGUGCCAUAAGGUUGCCAAGAUGCAGAGAACUAAAUGUCAAUAAAAACCACUUUACAUCCUUCAAACAGCUGCCAAAGAUACCUCAGAUUCAGCACUUAUCACUCGCCGAAAAUAACAUUAUGACGCUAAGUGGAAUAUCAGCCUUCAAACACACUCCACUUGAAUCUCUUAUACUCAAGAGGAAUCCCUGUGAGUUUCAAGAAAGAUACAGACAACUUGUAUUCUCCAGUUUGCCAAAUCUGAAAAUGCUGGAUGGCAUCCCAAAACUGCCAGAGGACUGUUCACCCCCAGAUACCAGUUUCUUUUUCAAAAUGUGUACUAUACUCUAGCACUGUAUUUUUGUAGGAUCACAGCUGUACUAGAACCACCUCACUUAAAAGAUACAAUAAAUCCUGU